AUUUCGCGUGACUGUCCACCGGAUCGUCCCGUGAUAGUGAUUUUUCAACCACGGAAAAAUCACAAUCGCAGUCGCUCCACUCUCGCAUGGCACAUACAUAAAGAGACUCUACACUUGACGUACGAGAAAGAUGGUGUCUGACUGAUAGCGAAUUUUAAUGAUAACGCAAAUCCCGAGUGUUCCCAGCAAUUUUCGCCGCGAUAAGAUCGUUAAUCGAGCGGAGAAUGGACGGCGGAUCGCCACUGGGAGUAUCGUGAGCGCUCGGAGGCAUCGAUCUCGGUGUCACAAGAGAGUAAUCUGAUAGAGAAUUAUGCGUCCUUUAAGACAGUUAUCCUGAAUCGUAAUAAAUACCAUACAAUGUCCCAUUGCGAGGAGGAAGUAGUGUCACCUGGUUUUCACCAAUUAAGCAUUACAAUCGAAGCAGCAAUACUAAGAAGUUCGACUUUCCUAAAGCCUAAUCCAUACAUAGAGUUCUCGGUUGACGAUAAGAGUCCACGUAAAACAGAAGUAUCAAAGUCAACGUAUCAGCCAAAAUGGAACGAAGAAUUUACUAUACUCGUAACACCGUAUUCACAAUUGCACUUUCGUCUGCUUGAUCAUAGUACAUUUCGCAAGGACACAUUAAUAGGAGAAAAACGGAUAAGCUUGUUCCAAGUAUUGUCGCAUUACAAUGGAAAAUUAGAGAAUUUGGAACUGACCUUCGAUUUAAUGAGUGAAAGCAAGCAUGACUCGCAAUUGUGCAAAGUCGGUGAGCUAAUAACGGUGUUUGAUGGACUUCGAAUCGACACUACCAAUGAAACACCACUAAAUGUUAGCGAACCAUCCUGCCAAAUACAAUCAGAUGGUGCCACAAACAACGAUGCAAUAAAUAACCGAAGCAUUCUCAACGGCGGAGUUCGUGCACGUAUGAGAUUACACAGUUCAGAAAGCCUCGCACCGCCUGUGUGUCGCGGUUUAACGAAUAUCCAUCUUAGUCCUAACUACAACGGCGGGAACAGUCAAAUGAACAGCAACAAGAAUGUUGGGCCUUCCACUGCAAUCUCGAGCGCUGACGGUACAUCUAGCAGUAACAUCGGCAGCAGCAGUAGCCUCAGCAAUCUGUCGACAAGCACCUUGGUCAACGGACACGCGAUUCCGAUGGCGGACAAGUCGAUGGUGUCCCCGGGAAAUCGGCACGCCGCGGACAUACGGGCUUUCGCGAGUAGACUGAAUCUUAAGGAGCAGCUCUCGGCGUCGGCCAGUUCGCCGGAAGGCCGAGCGUACGCGCGAGCCAGUUACGGCAACGCGGAGCAAUCCGCGAUGCUCAAGUCAGAUCCGCGCGGUGUGCCGCGAUCUGAACAAUCCUCGGCGGCGACCGGGCAGAUGUGCGCGGACGUCCGCGGGAUUUCUCGACAGGAUCAGUCGCUUUCCAGCACGGACAAUUCGCAAGCGGAUCCAGGCACGUCGUCGCAUGCGGACGCGCGCGGUGCACUGCGAGUGGAACAGCCGAUCAUCGCGACGCUCCCGGACGGUCGUGUAAUGGCGCGAUCGUCGGAGCAAUCUUCAACGAGCAUUCUCCUAACGGACGAUUCACGCGGAAUGAGACAGCCGGAUCAGUCGACGAGUAUCCGCGUGACGAGCGAGGAUCUACGCGCGAUGAGACAGUCGGAGCAGCCGAGCACCAGCGUCCGCGUUUCCGAGGACUUGCGCAGCAUGCGAGCACAACCGAGCGAGCAGGCCGCGAGUAUUCGCGUGAGCGAAGAUCUACGCACGAUGAGGCAACAACAGCCGGAACAAUCAACGAACAUUCGCGUGACUGACGAUCUACGGGGGAUCAGACAAUCUGAGCAAUCUACGAGUGUCCGCGUGGGCGAGGAUUUGCGCGCCGCGAGGCAACAACAGCAACCGGAGCAGUCCGUGAAUGUUCGCCUACCGGACGACUUGCGACUUCCUCGCGCGGAGCAGCCGAUAAACCCACCGAUUCCGGAUGUACGCGGAGUUCCACGCGCGCAACAAGGCACCACCAGUAUCUCGCUGGCGGACGGUCGCGCUGUAGUCUCCCGCUCGGAGCAGUCUGGAACAGUGAUUCCGCUGACCGACGGGCGACCGAUUCCCAUCGCCGAUCACGUGUCCCCCGCUGCGGGUUUGCCGGAUCACCGUUCCGGCAUGUCGCGACUUCCGCAGGCCGCGGCUUCGCUACCGAAUCAAUCUAUUGCUGUGCCCGUGGCUGGACAGUCCGUCGCGCAGCCGAGCUCCUCGGUGCUGCUCGCUGAAGACGUCAAUCAUUCCGAAGAACCUCUACCGCCUGGUUGGGAGAUGAGAUACGAUUUAUACGGAAGAAGAUAUUACGUUGAUCACAACACUCGAAGCACAUCCUGGGAGAGGCCUCAGCCGCUGCCUCCCGGAUGGGAAGUGCGGCGUGAUCCGAGAGGCAGGAUCUAUUACGUUGAUCAUAAUACGAGAAGUACUACGUGGCAGAGACCAAACACGGAAAGAUUACAACAUUUUCAACAUUGGCAGGGUGAAAGACAGUACGUCGUUCAACAAGGCAAUCAGAGGUUUCUUUACCCUCAGGCUCAUGGGAAUCAAGCUGCUGCGGGUCCGUCGACGUCCACGACCGACGACGACGACGCUCUGGGACCAUUGCCGGCUGGUUGGGAAAGACGAAAGCAACCGGAAGGGAGAGUCUACUAUGUGAAUCACAAGAACCGGACUACGCAGUGGGAGGAUCCUCGGACGCAGGGUCAAGAAACGGGAAUGGACGAGCCGCCGUUACCCGACGGCUGGGAGAUACGAUUGACGGAAGACGGAGUUCGGUACUUUGUAGAUCACAAUACCCGGACGACGACGUUCCAGGAUCCGAGACCUGGUGCGCCUAAAGGUCCAAAAGGCGUAUAUCGUGUUCCGAGGGCAUACGAGAGGUCGUUCCGAUGGAAACUGUCUCAGUUCCGGUUCUUGUGCCAGACUAACGCGCUGCCUAAUCAUAUUAAGAUUAGCGUUAGUCGGCAGACGUUGUUCGAGGACUCGUAUCAUCAAAUAAUGAAUGCGGAAGCCUUUGCGCUAAGACGGCGAUUAUAUAUAAUAUUUAAAGGAGAAGAGGGUCUAGACUAUGGAGGUGUAUCUAGGGAAUGGUUCUUCUUACUGAGCCACGAAGUUCUAAAUCCUAUGUACUGCUUGUUCGAAUACGCCAACAAAAGCAAUUAUAGCUUGCAAAUAAAUCCAGCGUCGUACGUCAAUCCUGACCACUUGCAAUACUUCAAAUUUAUCGGUCGAUUUAUUGCAAUGGCUCUUUAUCAUGGGCGAUUUAUAUAUAGCGGAUUUACAAUGCCGUUUUACAAGCGUAUGUUGAACAAAAAAUUAGUUAUGAAGGAUAUAGAAUCCAUCGAUCCGGAAUUCUACAAGUCCCUCGUGUGGAUAAAAGAAAAUAAUAUCGAUGAAUGUGGCCUAGAAUUGUAUUAUAGUGUCGAUUUUGAGAUUCUUGGUCAAGUGAUACAUCACGAGUUGAAGGAUGGUGGCGAUAAAGUUAGAGUAGGUGAAGACAAUAAAGAGGAAUAUAUAAGAUUAAUGACCGAGUGGAGAAUGACGAGAGGUAUCGAAGAGCAAACGAAAGCAUUUCUGGAAGGUUUCAAUUCGGUCGUACCCCUUGAAUGGCUAAAAUAUUUCGACGAACGUGAACUCGAGCUUAUGCUUUGCGGUAUGCAGGAAAUAGACGUCGAAGACUGGCAACGCAAUACAAUUUAUAGACAUUACACUCGUAACAGCAAACAGAUCCUAUGGUUCUGGCAGUUCGUAACGAGAACAGAUAGCGAGAAGAGAGCCCGACUGUUACAGUUUGUAACUGGUACUUGCCGUGUACCUGUUGGGGGAUUUGCUGAAUUAAUGGGAAGUAAUGGUCCGCAAAGAUUCUGUAUAGAAAAGUUUGGAAAGGAUACCUGGCUGCCAAGGUCACACACUUGUUUCAAUAGACUAGAUUUGCCACCCUACAAAAGUUAUGACCAAUUAGUAGAGAAAUUAAAUUACGCGAUUGAGGAAACAGAAGGUUUCGGCCAAGAGUAAUUGUAAAAAAAUGCUGAUGAUUAAUAAGACGUGAUAGGUAUGCUACAUUUGUGUGCAUGAUUCGUGGAUGAUAAAAGCAAAAUUUAUAGUGUAGCGUUACAAACUAAUGAUAAUUGAGGUUUACGCUACACGCGAAAUUCAUCGGCGGCAGCUAUCAUUAGUAGUGUAAAAGUUCCGAAUAAUUAAAAAGAUCGUUAUAGAUACAUUGCUCGAGAAAUUUGUACGAAGCGUUAUAAAUUGCAAAUAAUGUAACAAUCGAAAUUAAUAUCAAUUUAUUCCAACUUAUCUUGUAUCUUAUUGACAUUUUUAAUUAUAGAAAUUACUUAAAAUGUUAAUAAGAUACGAGAUUUAUAAUAAACUUCACGUUAAUAUUACAUAUAUUAUAAAUACAUUAGGAAGCUAGAUAAGUAUGUACAAUUUAAUUCGUUUCUUUCUGCAGCUUUGUGUAUUAACCAAGAAAAUUAUUUUGACAUCUGAAGGAAAAUUGAUCCAUCUUCAUUAACGGAAAUAAUUUGUGUGAUAUAACAUUGCAGCCAAAUUUUAAUACAACCUAUUGUACUUCUAUUUAUCUACUUAUUUGCUAUAAUGUACAAGUCAUAAAUUCUAUAUAGAGACAAUGGAAAUUUAUAUUAAUAUCUUCUACUAUAUUUUAAUAUUUUAAUGCCUAAAUAUACAUAGAGUUUCCCUUUAUAAUAUAUAUAUAUAUAUAAUGUACAUAUUAAAUUUAUAUAUAAUUAUGACACAAUGCGUCAUAGACCGAUUAACAAUUUUAUGUUCUAUCCUAGGAGAUCUAGAACUAAAAGAACAUUUAGAAUUUUUUUUGUAUAUAAUAUAGCAGAUAUUAAUGUCUAGAUUAUUUUUAAUUACAUUAUUUCUAAUAUGUGAAUAUCUGCUCUAUAUGUGAAUGCGGCCAAGUAUACAAUAUAAAAAAAAAGAUGUCCGAAUAAUUUUGGUAUUUGUCCCGCGUUUUUUCACGUUCGCAAUUAUUUCUUAGAGAUCUAUUGACACGUUGCAUGUUGCCUCACAAAUGUGAUAUAUGAAGUUAUCCUGAGAAUAUAUCAAAUAUUUUUUAACAUAUUUAUGAUAACGAACGAUUGAGAAUUCCUGGGAUCGUGGAUCAUAAGAUUGUGCAUUUGUUUGUAAUUAAUAAUUUAUGUACAUAACGUAUAUACGCAGUGUGCGCACAAUUAUUUAUGUGUAUCGCUGCGCAAAUUGAUACGCAUUCGGCACUGUUGAAAUACAUAGUUAAAAGUAAUCUGGAUAUAUUUAAAAAAAA